AUGUCUAACAUAUCUGCCGACGUUGUUAAAGAACGGACUGAUCGGUUUGGCAAGCUAUGGAUGAUCGAUGACCUUAUCCGUGAGCGAGGGAGAGACGAAGAGCAGGCUCCUAUUCUUGGAUACCCCCGUUAUGAUCAUGAUGCUGCUGAAUAUGAGUACUUCACCGGGAAAGAUCUCGAUCGUAUGGUGGACGAGGCCUGUCGGGCGCUCGUGCGGGCUGGAAUUGAAGUGAACUCGCGCAAAACAGUAGCUCUUUUUGCUGCUUCAGACUUAUCAUUCGUUGUCACUUUUUUCGCCCUGUUCCGGCUUGGAUGUAAGGUGUUGACUGUGUCUAUUCGCCUAAACAAGACGGCGUGUCUCCAUCUACUCGGGCGCGCAAGCUGUGAUACCAUACUCUACGGAACCACCAUUCGUGUUAAGUCGACAGUAUCUGAGAUUGAACGGGCACACCCGGAGUUUAAGUUCAUCCAGAUUCCAACUAGAGCAGAUUUUGAUAAACCUGAAGACAUUUCCCGGCCUUUCCAGCGACAUAUUCCCGACAAGGAGACGGAGCACACACAGAUUACGCUCAUGAUGCAUUCAUCCGGAUCUACGGGGCUCCCUAAGCCAUUGUUUCUAUCGCACAAAGGCCUUCUCAAUUCUAUGGUGUCGGGUACUGGCCUGAAAGCGUUUAAUGCAUUACCAUGGUAUCAUCUUCAUGGUUUGAUUACUUCAAUACAAGCGAUGUGGAUGCGGAGGCCGGCACACCUAUUUAAUGCGCACUUACCCCUAACGGCGGACAACUUGAUCUCAGCGCUCAAGUCGAUUCAGCCUGAGAUUUGUCAUACAGUUCCGUAUGCUCUGAAACUCAUGGCGGAAAGACAAGAUGGUAUUGAUGUUUUGAAAAAUUGCAAAGUUGUCACGUCAGCGGGAGCGAGAACUCCGGAUGAGCUCGGUAACCGAGUCGUCAAGGCUGGCGUAAGGCUUGGCCUGAUUUUUGGCUUGACAGAAGUCGGCCAUGUGGGUGACUCCAUCCACCGUGAAGCAGGAGAUGAUUCCUGGGACUAUAUUCGACCAUAUGCCAACUUACGCCAACAUAUAACCUUCAAGAAGAUUGAUGGCAAUGUACAUGAGUCCGUGUAUCUAAAGUCUCAUCCUGCGCUCAUGAUCAGCAAUUCGAAUGACCCCCCUGGAUCUUUUCAUUCGGGGGAUCUCUUUGUUCCACAUCCAUCAAUCGACUGGGCUUGGAAAUAUGUUGCCCGCGCCGACGACAGGGUGACGCUGCUAAGCGGAGAAAAAAUACUUCCUCUAAAUAUGGAGGGUACUAUUCGGGAGAGUCCCCUCGUGCGCGACGUAUUGAUGGUCGGCAAUGAUCGCCUUGUGCCUGGCCUUUUAGCUUUCCGGUCUACAGCAGCGGCUAAUUUAUCUGACGACGAGUUCGUCGAGGCCAUCCAGCCUUAUAUAAACAGAGCAAACGAGAUCGCGGACGAAUUCGCACGUCUGACCCCUGACAUGAUAGCUCCGAUCGCUGCUGAUGUUGAAUACCCGGCUACUGACAAGAAUAAUAUCAUUCGUGCGGCCGCAUACGCGCAUUUCGAAGAUGUAAUCGAGAACUUAUACAGCAAAGACAAAGACGUUGCUGAAGGGAACGGCAGCGGGAACCUCACGCUUAACGUCGAGCAAUUAGAACAGUUUAUACUAAAGCUCAUCCGCCAACAAGCAGCUAUUGAGGUUCCAGAUGUAGAAGCAGACCUAUUCGCCUCAGGAAUUGAUAGUCUACGUGCUGCUCAGGUGCGUAGACUACUACAACGUAACUUGGAUGUUGGCGGACAUUCGUUACGCACCAAUAUUGUCUAUGAUGCUGGGUCCGUAGCAAAGCUCGCUCGACUCCUUUUCGCCAUGCGGACAAGCGAGAAACUUGAAGAUUUACACCCAAGUGACGAUGAUGAAAUAAUGAAGAUGGAGAAAAUAAUCGAGGAAAAUACGGAUUUCCAGCCACGGGCGCCAGGAGCGCUCCCAACACCGGAAAAGGGGGUCGUGAUACUCACUGGCGCUACUGGUGCACUGGGUGCUCAUUUACUUAACCAACUACUGGAUGAUCCUAAAGUUGGGCAUGUCUACUGUUUAGUCCGAGGGGACAAUGCGUUAGCUCGCAUCGAUGAGUCUAUGGUGACUAGAGGACUCAAUACGGUGAGUGUUGAUGAGGCACGAUUUAGGAAGGUAACAGCCUUAACGGCAAAUAACCUGGGCGCACCGAAUCUUGGUCUUUCGCUAGAACGCUAUGCAGCUCUUCAAGAAUCGGCCACGCUCAUAAUUCAUGCGGCCUGGCCUGUGAACUUCAAUGUUUCGUUAAUGAGUCUAGUUCCCCAUAUCGUGGGCCUACGCAACCUUCUAAAUCUGUCGUUGAAGGUCCCUUUCGAGUCCCCAGCUCAUCUUAUAUUCGCGAGCAGCAUUUCUACCGCAUUUCAGAUGCUAACGCCCGCCAUCGUACCCGAAGGGCCUAUCACUUCCCUCAGAUACGCGGCACCAACGGGCUAUGCACGCUCAAAGCUCAUAAGCGAGCGUAUCUGCUUCUCCGCCGCGGCAAAGGGGGCCGUCGUCGGUGUCUUACGGAUCGGACAGAUCUCGGCUGAUACCGUCAAUGGUAUUUGGAAUAGCAAAGAAGCCAUCCCGAUUCUGGUUCGAAGUAUAACCGAGGUCCAUGCGGCACCACGUCUUGAAGGCGAUCAUGAUAUCUGCGAUUGGAUGCCGGUCGACACGGUAGCUCAUACGUGUCUGCAGCUCGCAGAAAAACUUCCGAUGGGGGCUCAUGAGCCGUCCUUCUAUAAUGUCAAACCACCGCACAAAUUUUCAUGGAAUGAGGGUUUUUUACCCGCGUUGCGAGAGGCAGGAUUGAAGUUUGAAGAUGUUGAUCUAAGAGAAUGGCUAUCGAGAUUGCGCUCGCGAGCGAAUGUCCUAGGUUCGGUCGCGGAAGCUAGAUUACCUGCGGUCAAGUUGGUGGAAUACUACGAGGAUACAUACAGCGGUUUAGGUGUUGGCUCUGGCCCUGGUUUACGGUACAAUAUCGAGAAAGCCUGUCGUGAUAGUAGUGCACUCCGCGAGUGUCCACAAGUUUUGGAUGUCGGUCUCGUGCCGAAGAUGCUACAGCACUGGUUAGGUGAUGUCAUUGAAAACAAGUAA